UCUCAUGAAAUUUCCCAAGUCUUCGGCCACCAAUAACACAUCGCCACCUCGCAGUCGCAUCGUCAUCGCGGGCGGCCGCCUCGGCGACGACUCCGAUUGGCCAUGGCGGCGUCUCUCCGGGCAUCGUCCUCCUCCCUCCGCUCGCGCCUCCUCUCCUCCUCCUCCGCCGCUUGGUCUCCGUGGAGCCACGUCCUCUCCUCCUCCGUCCACUCGGAGGCCUCCAACCAGACCGAAACCCUCGCUUUCGACGAGAUCCAGCUGUCCCCCGAGAAGCCGUCCACCGCCACCGCCUUCGUCCUCCACGGCCUCCUCGGCUCCGGCCGCAACUGGCGCUCCUUCUCCCGCGCCCUCGCCUCCGAGCUCCGCGACCGCUCCCCUUCCGACGAGUGGAGAAUGGUUCUCGUGGAUUUGAGGAACCACGGGAGAUCAGCGGGGAUCAAGGGCCUGAGGCCGCCGCAUGACAUGUCAACUGCGGCCAGGGACCUCGCCGAUUUGGUGAAGGCCCGUGGCUGGGCAUGGCCGGAUGUUGUCGUGGGUCACUCCAUGGGUGGGAAGGUGGCACUGGAUUUUGCAGAGAGCUGUUCCCGCGGUGAUUACGGGGAGUCCGCUGAUCUUCCCAAACAGCUUUGGGUGCUUGAUUCUGUUCCUGGUCAAGUAGAAACAGAUAACAGUGAUGGUGAAGUUGAACGGGUUUUGCAAACGCUGGCAAGUCUUCCUUCAUCGCUUCCAUCGCGCAAGUGGGUUGUCGACCACAUGAUCAACUUGGGAUUUUCAAAGUCUCUUUCAGAAUGGAUUGGGAGCAACUUAAAAAAGGACAAUGAACAUGUGACAUGGGCGUUUGAUCUUCAGGCUGCCAUAGAUAUGUUUAAUUCUUAUAGAGAAAGAAGCUAUUGGACACUGCUUGAGAACCCACCAAAGGGUUUGGACAUCGCCAUAGUGCAAGCAGAGCUCAGUGAUAGAUGGCUUUCUGAUGAUGUUCAGAGGCUAAAAGCGUUGUCUAGGAGAGAGAGCAAGCCUGAUGCUGGUAAAGUUUCUCUUCACGUUCUCCCCAACUCUGGCCAUUGGGUUCAUGUGGACAAUCCCAAGGGGCUACUGGAGAUAAUGGUUCCCAACUUUCUGUCAGCUGCUAAAAUUUGACUAGGUUGUUAACAUGCCAUUUUUUUACCACUGGAGGGUUACAUUGUUUUUGUGAUUGGAUGAGAACUACUCUGUUGAUGUUCUUAAAAAAAAAGAAAUAUGUUAAUAAAAGAGAUUUAUAGUGAAUUUAUGUUCCUUUAGGAUAUUGAGUUGGUGUUGAAGAUGGAUAACUUAACAGAAAUAUUAUAGGUUGAUCAAAUGGAAUGAUUCUCUUAAA